CGCGCGCGGUGCGCGUCUCCAGCCACAUUUCUGUUUUCUGGCGUUCUGGUGGCAUGCCUGACGGUGGUGCGCGACAAGUUCCUUCGGGGCUCAGCCGUGGUAGACCCGGACCUAAGCAACAACGCGUACGCUGUUGCAGUGGCGCACCAAGUACUAAUACCAGGAGUACCCAUUCCAGAUCUUACACCCCAUUUCAUUGCGUUGAAUUUCCCGAGCGUCGUUAGCACCAAGAUGGACGACAAGGCUCCUCCCACCGUGGGCAAGGGUGCGAUCAUAAUGAUCAACUCCCCUAAGUCGUUUGGAGGUAUGGAUGUAGAGGACAUCACGAUGAAGGAGAACACAAGCGACUUCACACGUAGGCAGAGCGCCACCACGCGUUACUGGAAGGCACCGCUGAAGUUCAAGAAGAACGGCAAGGUUGUAGACAGCCUCCACAUCAGCAACAUCAGGAUUCCGUACUUUAAGGACAAGGCAGGAAAGUAUGGAAGAGAAACCGAUGGAGAUUUCUACGCUUGCUUUGACCCGUACGUCCGUGAGGGCAUCGCGAGAAUGUCCAGCAGGGAGCAAGACAUGAAGAUCCCACUCGAGGAGCGUGCCCCGUGA